AUGGGACUCUUGAGUUCGGCCUUCUUAGGCCUAUUCACCAUGCUGGUGGCCAUCCUGGGCCCAGCAGUUCUCCAUAUUAUCAGAGUCAGCGGCCCUUUCUUAACGCCCAAUCCAACUGUACUGGGCGCAGGCCAGGGCCCCAUCGUCAUUGAGGAUACCGUCCAUUGCGAAGAUUUGCAUUAUCAUCGCCCUGCUAAUUUGCUAUUCACCGCAUGCGAAGACGUGAAAGAGACCCGCUUCGACUGGUUCCCCGGUCUGGGCCAUUUGGAUGCUAAAACUGUGGGCCGGGGAUCUAUCCAUGUUGUCGAUCCAAAGACCUUCAAAUCUACCCGUCUGGCCUUUGAAAACUUCAACGGGCCCUUCGUCACACACGGCAUCGACGUCAUCGAAGACCCUCAAGACUCAGAUGCAGUCUACAUCUUCGCCGUCAAUCACCUCCCAAACCCAGACUUCACCCCAGACUCCCCCAAUAACCCCGCAGCACGUUCUCAAAUCGAACUCUUCCACCACAUCCUCCACUCAACGACAGUACAACACGUCCGCUCUAUCCGACACCCACUCAUCCAAACACCCAACGACAUCUACGCCGCCAGCCCGACCUCCUUCUACGUAACAAACGACCACUUCUACCGCUCCGGUCUUUUGAGAUUCAUCGAAGACAUCUGGCCCUCCGCAAAAUGGACAAACGUCAUCCACGUCCACCUCGAACAACUCCACAACGUGCCCUCCGCAACGGCAUCGCUAACAGCUUCAAUCGCCCACGAGGGACUAUGGAAUAACAACGGUCUUGGCCACGCCCGCUCCGAGUCUGAAGUCAUUAUUGCCAGCGCGAUCGGUGGGGAGUUAUACCUUGCGAGCCGGGAGAAUAAUACCUUGACCGUGCGUGAUACGAUCGUUUUCGACACGGUCACUGAUAACCCGAGUUACUAUGUGGAUCCGUAUAAGAGUGAUGCGCAUGACGCGAGCGGGUUCGUUAUUGCGGGGAUUUCGCAGGGCUUUUAUCUCCCGCAGACGGGGACGGAUCCGGAUGCGUUGGAUGCGGUGCAGGUUUGGUAUGCGAAGGAGAAGGGUGGACAGGGGCAUGGGUGGGAGAAGAGGUUGUUGUUUGAGGAUGAUGGGCGGAGGAUUCGGACUGCUAGUGCGGCGGUUUUGGUUCCUGUUGAAAUGGAGAAGGACGAGGGGGAGGGCAAGCAGGGGGUGAAGAAGGCUUGGUUGUUUGUGACCGGGUUUUUGUCGGAGAGUAUGAUUGCUGUUUUGGUUGAGUUGUAG